AUGGGCAGGGGCAAGGGUGUGGGAGCUACAGCUGGCAAUUCUGGUGUUGAGAAUGUUGAUGUUGGUGGGGGAUCCAAUGUUGGAUCUGGUAGGAGUAAUGUGAAUUCAAAGGGAAGAGGUGCUAGUAGAGUAGUGGUAAGGGUACUGGCAGUUCAAGAGGAAGAGGUUGUACCAAGGAUAGGGCCAAAGGUGCUGGAAAUGCUGCUGAAGGACUUGAGUGCAUAA